GAACGACGCUCAUUGGACCAUUUCUGUUCGGGUUCCUCCGAUUGGUUGACGCAGGCACCUGCUGCACCUGAAGAAAGUUUGGCAGCCGUUUAGAAAUUUAGGUGGGUUGUUCCACUUUGCAGUUCUGGAGAGGGGGGCGGGGUCUUCAAUUCCCCGAACGGUCAGACAGGCAAAACCCGCGCGUGAGACAGGAAUCCACCUUUGAAAGGUGAGCAGUGGAUUCUUCCAGGAACAUCCUCCUCGACGCGCUCAAAGAGAACUUUCUAACUUCUGCCGCGUCUUCCCCAGAAAUGAGCAUUUUCCGCAUAAAACGACCACAAAAUCAAAGAGUUUGACCCGGAAAGUUGUCGCUGAAGGAAAAAAUGACGUCGAAACUGAGCAGGGAAGAACUUUCGGAAGUCGACAUAUGCGACGAAGGUUUGUGUUCUGAGGAGGAGAGCGGCGUUUUUGUGAGCGCCUCUCUCCUCAAGGAGGACUUCUCCGGCUUCCAGAAGUGGACCUCCGAGUCACCGAAUGACACAUCAUCACCUCCGGGAGAGCAGGAGCGGGCCCCCGUUACCGCCACCCAAAGGAGCAGCGUGGCAGGUGACUCCAGAGCCCGGGAGGAUGGGCUGAAGCCUCCCAAGACCUCCAUCGUGGAGUGGCUGCUGGUGGAGCUGUACGAGACCUACAGCGGAGGCGGCAGGAGGAGCGCGGACAGCUGGGACAGCUCCACGGAGGCGUCCGGGUCCGACGCCUUCCUGGGGAGGAGCAACUCCGGCUCCAGCUUCCUCCAGGAGCUACAGGAGAAGCAAACCAGGAGGCACCAGAUGAACUACCUGGCCCAGAAAGACCUGGAGGAGCUGCGCUCAAUAAUCCAGGAGGUCAAGUACCGCAGCGGUCUGCAGUCGGCCAAACUGAUCCGCCAACUGAGGAGGAGAGACCGCCUUCACCACAAGCUGCAGAAAAACUACGACAUCGUCACGGCGUGCCUCCAGGCCGCGUCGCAGAAGAGACGAGUCGACACGAGGUUGAAGUUCACCAUCGAGCCGUCGCUGGGAAAGAACGGCUUCCAGCAGUGGUACGACGCCCUCAAAGCCGUGGCCAGACUUCCUACCGGGGUGCCGAAGGAAUGGAGAAAAAGGGUCUGGCUAACGCUAGCAGACCAGUACCUCCACAGCAUCUCCAUCGACUGGGAGAAGACGCUGCGCUUCGCCUUCAACGAGCGCAGCAACCCAGACGACGACUCCCUCGGCAUCCAGAUCGUCAAGGAUCUACACCGGACGGGCUGCAGUUCCUACUGCGGCCAGGAGGGGGAGCAGGACCGGGUGGUGCUGAAGCGGGUGCUGCUGGCGUUUGCUCGCUGGAAUAAGACGGUGGGUUACUGCCAGGGCUUCAACGUGCUGGCGGCUCUGAUUCUGGAGGUCACAGAGGGCAGCGAGAGCGACGCUCUGAAGGUGAUGAUCUACCUGAUCGACAAAGUUCUGCCUGACAGUUACUUUGCCAACAACCUGCGAGCGUUAUCAGUGGACAUGGCGGUGUUCAGAGACCUGCUGCGCCUGAAGCUGCCCCGCCUGUCGCAGCACCUCCACCACCUUCAGAAAGCAGCCAACAGAGAAGCUGGAGGCAGCUACGAGCCGCCUCUCACCAACGUUUUCACUAUGCAGUGGUUUCUCACCAUGUUCGCCACCUGCCUUCCGGCUCACACUGUCCUGAGGAUCUGGGACUCGGUUUUCUUCGAGGGCUCUGAGGUUCUGUUCCGGGUCGCCCUCGCCAUCUGGGAGAGGCUUGGAGAGCGGAUCGAGGACUGUCAGACUGCAGACGAGUUCUACAGCACCAUGGGGGGCCUCACUCAGGAGAUGCUGGAGCAGAACCUGAUAGACGCCACAGAACUCAUGCAGGAGGUUUACUCCAUGGCGGCGUUUCCUUUCCCCCAGCUGGCCGAGCUGCGGGAGAAAUACACGUACAACAUCACUCCGUUCCCCACCUCAGUGAAACCCAACGGGAGUGGCAGGAUAGGCGGAUGGGAAAGCGACGACGACGUGGACAUGGACGACGAAGACUCUAUGGUGACGGUGCUUGGCUGCCUGGGGCCCCUGGGGGGCCUGCUGGCCCCCGAACUGCAGAGAUACCAGAAACACCUGAAAGAUCAUAGGACCGAGCAGGGGAGCAUCGCGGAGCUGAGCCCCGGUGCGGUAGGGGCUGGCACUGGAGGAGGGGGCGGAGCCAAGGCGGAGCAUCAGUCCACAGUCAACAGCAUGAUGAUGGAGAGGAUGAGCACAGACAUUUACGCCCUCAAGAAGCAAUACUCGCGCAUCAAGAGGCGGCAGCAGGCGCAGACGAUGCACCUAUACCUCGGAACAGGACCUGGACCCAACCUGGCCACGAGUCAGCGGGUUCUGCAGAAGGACUCAAACUCUCAGAGCGACGGUUCUGAGCGGCGAGCUGACGAUAAGUGUCCAGCAACCCGCAUCUUGGCCUCCCAGCUCAACCCCUCCAGUUCGGUGGUCAACCACCUCCUUCUGGGCCGAAAGCCUCGCUCCGCUCCUCGCAGCUGCAGGUUGACCUCCGCAAGCCUCUGCACGCUCCCCGGGUCCGGACCCGCCCCUUUGCCCCGCAGUCCCGGGUCUCCGUCACGGAAACGGUGCAGCUCGCUCCUUUCCAACAGCACCGGGUCCCCGGGGAGCUCCAGGGGAGGCGCGCGGUCUCCUUGGCGAGCUUACGUCCGACAACAUCGCAAAAAUAUUAGCCGAGCUCGCGCUCAGCUUGGAUUCGGGGAUUCAGAGGAACACGAGGAGGAGGAGGAGCCUGCACAGAGAGGGGACGAGCAGGAGGAGGGCCGUGACUCCUCCAUGGCGGCGUCUCAUGAUGGCUGUGGUCCGGCGUGUGCAGAUGUGACUCCGAAGGUGGGGGUGGAGGAGGUGGUGGUGCAGAUGGACUCCCUGGAUUUGAAAAAAGAUGGGAUUCUCCCAGACAACCUUGAUCCUCCUCCCAAACCUUCAGAUCCCGACAUUCCCCUCAUCCCUCCUCCUCCAUCCUCUCAGAAACGUAAGGAGUCCGCCUCCUCCAGUCCAGAAAUCCCCAGAUCUCCGACACCUCCUCCCACCUCCGCCUGCAUCCCUCCAUCCACACCUCCGUCUCCAAGGCCUGCUCACUCCUUCUCUCCUCCCCUCACCUCCACGCCAUCACCAGACUCCACCCCCCUCCUCCCCUCCCCCUCAUCAGCCAACGGCUUGUCCCCUCUCUCUCCUCCACCCACCACUCUCUACAAAUCUUGCUCGCCCUCCACCCCCUCCCUUUAUUCUGCCUCCUCCUCCUCCAGAUCCAACAUCUCAUCGUCCGCAUCGACCCCCGCCCUAAACGCCUCCGCCCUCCGGCAUCAGAACUUCUCCCCUUUCCCGAGCGUGAAGCAGCCGAGGAAGUCCCAGGCGGCGCGGAACCUCGGCCUGUACGGGCCCACGUCCAGAACGCCGGCAGUGCGAUUCCCCCAGCUGAGCCGCGGUCCGGCCCGCAGCAGCGGUGGCGGCGCCGAGAGCAGUGGCUGGCGCUGAGCACCACGGUUUCUCUGAAGCAUCAGCGGUCAGAGAUCCGAUUCCCGAAGGAUCCAGAGAAGGUUCUGGAUCUGCUGAACUAAAGAAACGUUCUACCGUCACGUCCUCAGAGGCUCCUCCCAUCUGCCGACCGCCGCUUUGAUGGAGGAGAAACUUGGAUUCACUCGUGGAGUUCAUGAAGCUUCAAAAGCUUUGAAGCUUCGAGUUAAACAAAAUCCAGUGAAACUUUUGAGGAGGAAACCCUUUAGGACGGCGUUCAGUCCCUGCAGCGUUUGUUGCUUUUAUGUAACAGUCAUCAGGCUGCAUAAUAAAGCACUUCCCGCCCAAAUC